ACGCGCGCGGUUCUGUCGUCCGGGGGAUGAUCGUUCCGCCAUCCAGUGAACCAAGUUUUAGGUACCACGACCAUCUGGUCGAGAGUUGACAUUAAAAUAAACUCGACCUCCCAGCGAUGUUAUCGAUUUUCAAUCAAGCUCGAGCCGCGAGGAUCUCGAAUUUCGCAACACCAGAAUUUGGCACGACUUCCGGUGAUUGGAUCCUUUAAUCGGUUUCGCAAUUAGCAGGCCUCGCGUUAAACCAAAUCAUAUUUCGUUAUGAGUGCGGUUACACCCAGUGGGUGCGUAUAACUUGUCGCGAAAUAGGCUUCCGCAAUUUGUCACAACAGACGUUUCCACGAUUGAAGAUGAUUUUUUGGUGACAGCGCGUGGGAUGUGGAAACCGAAAAUCGUCGGUUUCACUCGCCAUAUAUGUUUCAAUCGGAGGCGUAAUUAAGCGGCGAGAAUUUUGGGGUGGAAAAAGCUCGCCUGCGUGCUACGAGCUUCGAUUGUGGAACUGUGAAUAUUUCAGUUCGGUGGGGAAUCGUUAAUGUGGGUUGAAACGGAACCAGACGAGCUUAAAUGGAGAUACACGUUUGUCACAUGACAGCAUAGACGGGUGAUCAUAAUAAGGAGAAAAACCGGCAGAACUGACGAGAAACUCCGUCCCUACUAUGAGAAAACACUUUCCCAGCUUUUUUUUUGAAAGUAAUAAACGCGGGGAUGAUAUUCCAAAAUUUAGCUAAUGGGAAAACGUAUCAUCGAGAUAUCGUGAGAAUUGUUUACUAAUUUUUAUUGUAAAAAUAAAUAAACGAAAGAUAGUCUCGAUUCAAAUUCCCGUCGAGAUUAAUUAAUCAGACUUCAACAUCAUCGUUUACCCGAUAGUACAUUAACGGAAUUUCAUUGUUACGCUGGGUGGGAAAAUUGUUGGUGAAUUUUCAGUACGGUGCGUUGUUGAAAGUUUUUCGAGUGGGGGUUUAAAAUUCCGGUAGUAGUUGAAUAAAUGAAUAAAAGAAGAAAAAAAAAUUACCGAAUGGUUAAAAGGUUGAGUGAGGCAUGCGUCGAAGUUUUAAACUCGAGCCACGCUCAUUAAUCGAUCUGAAUAAUUAAUACGUUUUAUAAGUAUAAUACAAAUCCUCGCGUUCAAGCUCGUGGUGCUGAAGGUUUGACCGAAGGAGGAGAAAGAAGCUAGGAAAGUUUUUUCGUUUGUUUUUUUUUUUUUUGUUCAUCAGUGUAAAAUUAGUGCCGGUAUGUGCAGUAUAUACAUCGGGUUAAUUACGGAACCAGAACAACGCGACAGUGCGGCAUCCGUUCCGCAUAUUUCGGCAACUGUGCAGCUCGUCAGAGAUUUUUAACUGCUUUAAUUACAACAUUUCAUUCGCGCCGAAAUUAUGCCCCACGGUCAUUAAAAAGACAUUUUAUGUCCGUUGGCGAGCCGCCGCCGUCGCAGCAACGAACGAGGAUUAUUCGAAAUUGUAAUAAAAGAGUGGAAUGAAAGUUAUCCUUCGAAAUUCAAACGAGGAGAGGGGCCGAAAGAAAAACAACUCAUCCGGUAAAUCCUCAAGUUUCCGCAGGAACAAUUUACAAUUCGAUAAGCAUGAAAUUACCUCUGAAAUCAACCGAAAUCUCGACGCGUACCUCGUGAAGUGUGAAAAGAACAAAGUGGAGAAGCAUCACUGCGAUUGGAAUAACGUAAGGAGUGAGAUAAGUCUGCAGUGAGAAAUUUAUCGAUGUACUAACAGACGGUUGGACGAGCUUCGGUUCAAUCGAUAAUACAUAAUUCCUCUGAAUUAGUGCUUCAUCUCAAUCGGUAAUACAGAAUUCCUCUGAAUUAGUGCUUUGGCUCAUUCGAAAAUACUGAAUCCCUUUGAAUUAGUGCUUCGACUACAUCGGUAAUACAGAAUUCCUCUGAAUUAGUGCUUUGGCUCGAUCGAAAAUACAGAAUUCCUCUGAAUUAGUGCUUCGACUACAUCGGUAAUACUGAAUUCCUCCGAAUUAGUGCUUCGGCUAAAUCGAUAAUACAGAAUCCCUUUGACUUGGUGCUUCGACUACAUCGGCAAUACUGAAUUCCUCGGAAUUAGUGCUUCGGUUUAAUCGAUAAUACGAAAUUUCUCUGAAUUGGUGCUUCAACUUUAUCGAUAAUACUAAAUUCAUCCGAAUUAGUGCUUCGACUCGAUCGAUAAUACAGAAUUCCUUUGAAUUAGUGCUUCAACUUGCGACUUUGGUGAGUGCUUACCGAUUUUCGUGCAAGGUAGUGAAACGACGGUUCGAAACAGUGAAGUCAAGCAUCUUCAGUGAUCUUAACUGCACGCGUCGAGGUUCUAAAAUGCGCUGAGGAUAUGUCAGCAGUCAUGUUUUGCGCGAGUUCGGUAAUUUAUUUCGUUAUUAUACUGACUACGGUUAACGCAGCUGGAUCGAGGAACAAAUUGUUCGACGACGAUGCUCUGAACAACGAACUUGAUCGCCCGAUACCCGUCAUUUCGGAGCAAGGAGUCGCCGGUCAGAAAGGAAUCUUACCCUGCGAUAUCCAGCCACGCGAUGCAAACGACGCAGUAUCCAUGGUACUCUGGUUUAAGGAAGCAGAUGGAGAACCACUGUACAGCUACGAUGCGAGGAAUCGUCUCGGCAAAGCGAAGCUUUGGAGCGCACCCCAAUUUUGGGGUAACCGCGCCUUAUUCCGGGCGACGUCGCCGGCUCAAUUAUUGGUCCAGGAUCUGCGAGAGAGCGACGAAGGGGUCUACAGAUGCAGGGUGGACUUCCGGAACUCCCCGACCCGGAACCUAAAGGUCAACUUCACGGUUAUCGUUCCACCGUCGAAGCCGAUAAUCUACGAUGCGAAGAGACGUGACAUGAGCAAGCUACUCGAGGCUUACGCGGAGGGCGCUAAUCUGACUCUGGUCUGCGAAGUUCACGGAGGAAGACCGCGACCAAGCGUUGCAUGGUAUCUCGAAUCAAAAAUGAUAGACGCUUCGUACGAAGUGCGAGAAAGCCAUGGGUCGAAAGGUGAGAGUUCGACCUUGACCACCAAUCGCGUGACCCUUGAACGACUUACGAGGAGGCAUCACCACGCCAGAUUGGCCUGCAGAGCGACUAACACAGCUCUGGCAAGUCCACCGACAACUACGGUCAUCAUUGAGCUGAACAUGAAGCCACUGACGGUUGAGAUCAUGAACAAGAGAAAGACCGUGUCGGCGGGGAAAAAAUACGAGGUCGAGUGCAAAAGCACAGGAUCCAGACCACCGGCUAACUUGUCUUGGUGGAGGGGUGCGAAGCCUCUUCAAAAACCAGCAAAAGUUCUCCAGGAAGGCGGCAUGAGCGUAAGCAUAUUGCAGUGGACGCCGAGCGUCGAAGACGAGGGUAAGCAUCUGGUUUGUCGAGCAGAAAACCCCCAAUUACCGGAUGCCGGCAUCGAGGACAAAUGGAAACUGGAGGUACAUUUUACACCGAUCGUUUCACUCAGAAUGGGAUCCUCUUUGAAACCGGAGGAGAUUAAAGAAGGCGAUGACGUUUAUUUCGAAUGCAAUGUCAGGGCGAAUCCGAGAAGCCAUAAGCUUGUAUGGUUUCACGAGGGUGGCGAACUUCAUCACAACGUAUCCGGCGGCAUUGUUUUAUCCGAUCAUUCGUUGGUUCUGCAAGGCAUAACGAGAGAGUCCGCAGGAAAAUAUACAUGCCUCGCAGCUAACACCGAAGGAAAGGAAACGUCGAACGUCGUAAACCUGAACGUCAUGUUUGCGCCGAUCUGCAAGCACGUGUUGAAUUCCGUACCGUCUAAAUUCCAAAACGCAACACCACCGCCUUUCAACGUGCCCGAAGAACUUCACGGCGCUCUAAAACACGAGACCAUAGAAUUAGUCUGCGAGGUCGAGGCGAGUCCGACGUCGGUCACGUUUCACUGGACCUUCAACAGCAGCGGCGACCUCAAUGACCUUUCGCCCUCGAAGUACACCAGCGAGGGAACCGUCAGCAGACUGAAUUACACACCAGCAACGGACAUGGAUUAUGGGACCCUCGGGUGCUGGGCCAGAAACAUCGUCGGCCAGUCAAAACAGCCCUGCUUUUAUCAGGUCGUCGCCGCAGGCAGACCGUAUCCUCUGCAAAACUGCACAGCAUUCAAUCUGAGCGGUGCUUUGAUCCGGAUAUCGUGCAUCGAGGGCUUUGACGGAGGACUUCCUCAGAAGUUUGUGGCCGUCUCGAGCGAUCAACGUUGGGAAUCGGCGUUCCCUUACUGGGAACUUGAUCUCCGCAAACCCACCGAGGCAGUAAGUCUCUACGCCGUUAAUGCCAAGGGAUCAAGCGAUCCUGUCGUCAUGGACAACGUGGCGCUGAGGAGCAUUGCCUGGAAAAACGUUGCCGGAGAUCCCGUAUCGUCCGUGGAUAUGUCUCCGAUUUUAAUCGGUCUUGGAGGAACAGCGACGGGCCUCGGGUUAAUCGUGACCGGGGUUUUAAUGGCGCUGUGGAGGCGACACGCGGCAACCCCUGCGAAGCCUAAGCCUCCUCAGCCAACGAUAUCAACGUUCGCUGGAAAGGGUGACGAGGAGGACGGAAAUCCGGACCUCAUACCGACCAGCGAGCUCGGCAAUCAUUUAGACAGAAAGCUCACCAUAUACGGAUCUCUUCCCCGAAGACCGCAUCUCAUCGAGGGCAGAGAAAUGUCCUAUGACGUCAUAGAGGAUCCCGAAUAUCCCCAGGCAGCACCCAACAUGUACUACAGUCUUCAGAGGCCUCACAGAUACUCGGAUACGAUCAACAGGAGUACGACAACUAUUCAGGAAAGCCGUAUUUGAACGAUGUCUUUUUUUUUUUUUUCUUUUACGUGGAAAUUGUUGACGUGAUUUUGAGAAAAAAUUUGAUUUUACCAAAGAAAAAAAAAAAGAAGAAGAGAAGAAAACUCGGACAAUAAUACGCGGCGAGUGUAUAAUUUCCGGGUGAGGAACGACUGUACCGAGUUGUGAGUUUCACGACUUAUAGGUACCCAUUUAAUUAUUACAUACAUAUAUAUAUUAUAUAUAUAUAAAACACGAUUUUGUAAAUACUGUAUAUAAAAU